AUGCCUCGUCCGGCCAGACCUCUUAAAGAGGAGGAGCCACUCGGGGCGGUCUCCCCAAGCACCGAGGAUGAAGUGUGUGGAGAGGACGCUUUGGGACUUCCAUCCCUGCUCGCGCGGAACCAUCGCACGCUGAUGCACCGCCUGGACGUCCAGGAGGCGCUGUUGCGCCAAGUGCUCGAGCAUGGCCACGCCGUCCCCGGCGCCGACGUCCCCAGCACCGCUGUCCCUGUCGCGCGCCAACCUCUCUUGAGGCACACGGACCACGCCCAUGAGCUGGAGAUCCGCCGCCGCGGUCCAUCCAUAAGGAGCGAAGGCGAGGAGGAAUCAGUGUCCAAGAAGAUUUCGACCAAGAAUUCCUCGAUUGUCUUGACCAGCUACACCGCAGAGGAUCUGGACCGGAAAGAAAGCGCGGCGAUGCUCCACGCCCAGCAUGCCAUGCGCAAGUUCGCCUCGAAGGUCUCGCGAGGUGUCCAUCAUGUGCAGAAGCACACAGACUCGUGCCUCAAGCGUGUGAUGCAGCAUCAAGCAUUCGAGGGGUUCUUUGCGCUGGUGGUGAUCAGCAACGCCAUCUUCAUCGGAAUCGACGUGCACCAGUCCGUCUCCAUCGAGGGCCCGCGACCCGUGAGCUUCCAGGUCGUCCAGUACACGUACACCGUCCUUUUCUGCAUGGAGCUUAUUGUUCGAGUGGCGGCUCUCAAGUGGAGGUUCUUUUGGUCGGAUGACUGGAUGUGGAGCCUGCUGGAUGUCUUCAUCGUCGUGACCUCCCUGUGGGAGGCGGCCGUCGACAUCAUUUCGCUCGUUCAGCAGGGGAACGGUGGCCUUGACACAAUUUCCGGCCUGACCAACAUGAAGUCCUUCAGAAUCAUCCGCCUCACCCGACUGCUCAAGACGGUGCAGUUUGUGCGGAUCUUCCGCUUCGUGAUGGCGCUGCGGAUGCUCGUGACUUCCAUCAUCUCCACUCUGAAGGCCCUCUUCUGGGCUCUGAUCCUCCUGGGCCUUAUCGUCUAUGUGUUCGCUGUGCUCUUUACCCAAGCUGUUUACGAUUACAACAAUGACAACAACGUCACGGCGAUCGCUGCGGAAGACUGGGCUUCAAAGGAUGUCCAAGACUACUACGCCGCCAGUUUUCGCUACUGGGGCUCGUUGGCGAAAAGCAUGCUCAGCCUCUUCAUGAGUAUCGCCGGGGGCGUCAGCUGGGAGGAGGCCGUGACGCCCUUGAACAGGAUUUCGCCGAUCUGGACAUUCUGUUUCCUGUUCUACAUAGCUUUCACGUACUUUGCUGUACUCAAUGUCGUAACUGGAGUGUUCUGCCAAAGUGCUAUUGAAAGUGCGCAGAAUGACCACGCGAUGGUUGUUCAAUCCAUGAUUGACAACAAGACCGCGCACCUCACGAAGAUCAAAGCGCUGUUCAGCGAAAUUGGCGCCGAAGAGAGCGGCGUGCUCACACUUGGGGUCUUCGAAGAGAAGAUAAAAUCUCCAGCUGUGCGUCAGUACUUCGAAGCGCUGGGGUUGGACGUGUGGGAUGCGUGGUCCUUUUUCAAGCUGCUGGAUGUGGAUGGAGGCGGUGCUGUCGAGAUAGAGGAGUUCUUUUUGGGAGACCUGGACGUUUCCGACUAG